CCAUACAUUGUUUGGGGUGUUGUUCAUAUGAGAGAGUAGGGUUUGUAAACAAAAAAGAAAAAGAAAAAAAAAAUCUGACAAAUCAGACUCUUUGUAGUAAAAGUUGGAUUUGAUUCAAAUUCAUAUUCUUUAUCCUCUCUCCCAACAGCGAUUGGUGCCAAAAGCUUUGUAGGAUCCUGGAUUCUUAGGAGAUAGGUAAUGGAAUGCAACAAGGAUGAAGCCAAGAGGGCAAUGGAUAUUGCUGAGAGAAAGGUUACAGAAAAGGACUACACUGGUGCCAAGAAGUUCGCUAACAAGGCUCAAACCUUGUAUCCCCACCUGGAUGGUCUGAAACAGUUGUUGAUGGCCGUUGAUGUUUAUAUCUCCGGAGAGAAACAGAUCAGCGGAGAAGCUGACUGGUACGGUAUCCUUGGUGUGGACCCCUUGGCUGAUGACGAAUCAGUGAGGAAACAGUACAGGAAACUAGCUCUUAUGCUCCAUCCGGAUAAAAACAAAUGCAAAGGUACAGAAGGUGCGUUUAAGCUGGUUUCGGAAGCUUGGAAUCUACUGUCUGACAAGGUUAAGAGAUACUCAUAUAACUUAAAGAGGCAGGUCAAAGGAGGAGGUCAACAAAGAUUCCCAACGACUCAGAGCGCGCACCCUACAAGUUCUAACGGGUUCCAGAAUGUAAGAGACCAUGUAGCUCCUUCGGGUGCUAGGGCCAGAACCAAGCCAGCUUCACGCAUGGAUCAGCCUGCUUCUGCCGCCCCUCCGUUUCAGGAGAGUAGUACCUUCUGGACAAUGUGCAGCAGAUGCAAGACGCAGUAUGAGUUCCAGAGGGUUUAUCUUAACCAGACUCUGCUUUGUCCUCACUGUCGUCAGGGUUUCUUUGCAGCGGAGAAAAACCCGCCUCCAACUGUUCCGAAGCCAACCAACAACCACUCAUCUAACCAACAGAAACGUACUUCUAAAGUUCAAGCAAAGACAAACAAGAACUCAUCUUCUGCGAGAGAGCAUGCAUCAUCUGUUAACAAUGGUUUCCAGUGGGAACCUUUAUCAAGAACGACUGGAUCCGACAGCAGAAAUAAUGUCGUAAACCAAGCUGCUGCUAAUGUAGUCCAACAAGCACAAGAGAGACUGAAGAGAGCGUAUGAGGAGUCACAGGAGAGGGAUGCUGCUAGAGGAUUCACAAACUCUGAUCUGGAAAAUUAUAAGAAGAUGAGGACAGAUGGUUCAUUCUCAUACAAUUGGUCGAACCAAAACGGUCCAAGUAGGUUCACUACUAAUCCUGAAACGCCAUCCACCCUAGGCUCUCGUCGUCCUCAGGUAGAAGGAAUCUUGUUACCUAGCGACAUGAAAAAAGCGCUCGUGAAGAAGGCACAGUCGGAUAUUUCCAAGAGACUCAUGGCAGAAGCAGCAGAGGAGAUGAAAGCAAUGGAAGAAAUAGAGAAGAAGAAGAGUAUGAAAGCGACAAGCAAGAUGAUGAGUAGCAAGGCAGAUGAGGUAGAGAAAGUUACUGAACCAGUCAAGGAACUUCCCAAUGAUGAUGAAGUGAAUGCAAUAGUUGUUCCGGAUUCAGACUUUCACGACUUUGAUCUCGACCGCACUGAAACUGCUUUUGGAGACGACGAGAUUUGGGCAGCUUAUGAUGAAGACGAUGGAAUGCCUCGGUACUACGCCCGAAUCCAGAAGGUGGUUUCUCUGGAUCCUUUUAAGAUGAGAAUCAGCUGGCUCAACACCAAAACCUGCAAAGAGUUUGCUGAUGUAGACUGGGUAGGCUUUGGUUUCGCCAAGUCAUGUGGAGAUUUCAGGACUUCGAAAUACGAGUUGAAUGAUGCACUAAACGCAUUCUCUCACAGAGUAGAUUUCACCAAAGGUGCAAAAGGACUCAUUCACAUCUUCCCCAAGAAGGGACAAGUUUGGGCACUGUAUCGUCACUGGUCCCCUGACUGGGACGGUGAUAUCCCUGAUGAAGUCAAACACAAGUACGACAUGGUUGAAGUUCUUGAUUACUACACUGAAGACAAGCAAAGUUUAACUGUUGCCCCCUUACUCAAAGCUGAAGGAUUCAAGUCGGUUUUCCGCAGAAGCACAGAUCCAAACAAUGUGAGAAAGAUUCCAAAGGAACAAAUGUUUAGAUUCUCUCACCAAGUGCCUCACUACAUUCUUACUGGGAAAGAAGCUGAAAACGCACCAGAGGGUUGUGUGGAGCUAGACACAGCUGCAAUUCCUUGUGAGUUACUUUCAGAGAAUGCAGAGGUGAAAGAGUCAUCCAAAAUGGACACUGAGAGCAGCAAACCUGUCCAAGAGAAAAGCACAGCUCCAGAGGAAGAAGAAAUGGGUAUGAACAUAGAUUAGGGUGGUGUUGAAGCUAGUAGCAAUCAGUACAGUGUACAAUGGAGGAAGUAAGCAUAUCAAUCUCAUAUGGCAUCAUUAUUACGGAACAGGACUAGGCAGGUCUGAUCUCUUUUUGCUGUGAUCUUUUAUUUUGUUUUUUUUCUAAAGGCUGACCCAAAUAGAUCUCUCGCCUUUUUCGGCACAAGAAACAAUGUCUUUUUUUUCUUUUAUAUUUGGUAUUUACUCAGAUAAUCGUGUAAGAACUCUCAAUUCAAUAUAUCGAAUGUAUGGUUGGUUAUGGGUUUAAGCAAUA